AUGAAGAAGCACAAGGGGUACCAGUUUUUAACCCCCCGAGUGGAACUUUUUCCCAAAAAAAGAACAAGCGCGAAAAAAUAUGACCAAGGAGUGGGGAAAAAUUUAAAUGAAAAGCUAUUCGCAGUGGAAGAAAACAAAAAUGAAGAAAUUGAUGGGAAACACAUCUCGUCUGUCAUGUCAUACGAUACUGGUGACAACAUCAACAUUGAGAAAAUAAAAACUAUACUUCCACAUAGGUACCCAUUCCUCUUGGUUGACAAAGUAAUCCAUGUAGAAAGGAAUAAAAAAAUAAUUGGCAUCAAACAAGUUUCCGCUAAUGAACAAUUUUUCAAUGGCCAUUUCCCUGCCAAGGCUGUUAUGCCUGGCGUUUUACAAGUAGAAGCCUUAGCCCAGUUGGGGGGGAUACUAUGUCUCACAAAUGAAGAAAAUAGUGGGAGGGACAAUUUAUUUUUAUUCGCGGGGGUGGACGGCGUUCGCUGGAAGAAGCCAGUCCUUCCAGGCGACACACUCGUAAUGGAAGUGGAGCAAAUUUCCUUCAAGCCCACCCUCGGGGUCGCCAAAUUGCGGGGGUGCGCUUACGUGGGUGGCCACGUUGUUCUGAAGGUUGCCGAAAUGACCUUCGCAUUAGCAAGAUGA